AUCCAGCUACGCUUUCAGCUGUGCUUUGCACUUUGAGCCGGGGUUGACUCGGAUCCUGUGCAUUGAGCUCAGGCUCGCUCUGUUGUAACUGCUGUUCCCAGAACUCAGCCCGCUGAGUGGGAAAAGGGAGAUAAACAUCAGAGUUCAAGAGCCAGACAAACACAGCAAAGCAAACUCCCCCUCAGAGGCAAGCACACCAGGAGAAGCUGCUGCAGGCUCCCGGCAGGGCAGUGGAAGGAUGAGGCUGUACCUCCUCGUGGCGGCCCUUUGCCAUGGAGUGGGUAGCAACAUCCAACUGCAGAAAAUGUAUGGGAGGAUCACAUCCCCAGACUUCCCAAACGUGUACCCCAACAGCAAGGAGAGAACCUGGAAUAUCAGCGUCCCCAAGGGAUACACCAUCCGGAUCUACUUCACUCACUUUAACAUGGAGCUGUCCUACCUGUGUGAAUAUGAUUACGUGAAGAUCAGCUCCGCCGGGAAGCUGGUAGCCACGCUGUGUGGACAUGAGAGCACAGACACCGAGGAGGCUCCGGGCAACAGGACGUACCACUCCAUUGACAACACCCUCACUGUGACAUUCCGAUCCGACUACUCCAACGAGAACCCGUUCACUGGCUUCGAGGCCUUCUAUGCAGCUGAAGAUGUUGAUGAGUGUGAGCUGCUGAUUGACGACGAACCGCUUUGUGACCAUCACUGUCAUAAUUACUUGGGUGGCUUCUACUGCAGCUGCAGGGUUGGCUACGUCCUCCAUGAAAACAAGAGGACCUGCACAGCUCAGUGUCAAAACAAUGCUUUUACUAAGAGAUCUGGAGUGAUCACCAGCCCCAAUUAUCCCAAGCCUUAUCCCAAACUCUCCACCUGCAGCUACACUAUCCGGGUGGAAGAUGGCUUCAUGAUCAUCCUGGAAUUUGUGGAAACCUUUAACGUGGAAAGUCACGUGGAAACAGUGUGCCCCUAUGAUGCCCUUAAGAUUAAAACACCCAAAAAGGAAUAUGGCCCGUUCUGUGGGCAGAAAGUACCUCCAAAAAUUGAGACAGGCAGCAAUGUUGUGGAUAUUACUUUCACCACGGAUAUCUCCGGAGACCACACUGGUUGGAAGAUCUCAUACACUACAACAGCUUUGCCAUGCCCCAGUCCUAAAGCACCACCCCAUGGUCGCAUCAAUCCAGUGCAAGCAAAAUACAUCCUGAAAGAUUACUAUACUCUAUCCUGUGAUACUGGAUAUGUGCUGUUGGAAAAUGAACUGGUUUUAAAGUCUUUUAAAGCAGAAUGUCAAAAAAGUGGUUCCUGGAACAAACCGAUGGCAAAGUGCAUCAUUGUCAACUGUGGUCAACCUGAAGACAUAGACAACGGCACGGUUACUUACAUCACAGGACCAGAGGUGACCACCUACAAAGCUGAGAUUCAGUACGAAUGCAAGAGCACCUUCUACACUAUGAAAGCAAGUAAUGGUAGAUACCAGUGUGGUGCUGAUGGAUACUGGAAGAACUCCAAGGGAGAAAAAGUACUGCCAGUCUGUGAGCCAGUUUGUGGAAUACAAACCGGGACAACUCUGGAACGUAUAAUUGGAGGGAAAAGGGCAAAGCCUGGACAGUUCCCCUGGCAAGUUAUGCUAAUUGCUGAAGAUGGAGGAGCAGGCGGUGGCGCCCUCUUGUAUGACAAUUGGAUUUUAACUGCUGCUCAUGUCGUAGCCCGUCAAAUAGACCCAUCAACAUUGACAAUCAAAAUGGGAUUUCUGAACAAAAGUUCAGUUCACUACCAACAAGCCUGGGCAGAAGAAAUUUUUGUACAUGAAAGUUACAUCGAUGGCACCAGUUAUAACAAUGACAUUGCACUGAUUAAACUGAAACAUAAAGUCCCAAUUAAUGCAAAUAUUAUCCCCAUUUGCUUGCCAAGAAAAGAAGAAAGAUUCCAUGUGAAAACAGAUGAUAUGGGAACUGUAGCUGGCUGGGGAAGAACUGAGAAAAGGAGGCUUUCCCAUCAUCUAAUGUAUGUUGAAUUAGUAGUUAUUGACAACAGAAAGUGUAAAGAUGCAUUUGCAAAGCUGCCACAGGGAAAAUAUCUGACACUAACAGAAAACAUGUUGUGUGCUGGGGAGGAAGAAGGGGGAAAAGAUUCUUGUCAGGGUGACAGUGGGGGACCAUUAACUUUCUUAGAUAAUCUGACUAAGAAAUGGUUUGUCGGUGGUCUUGUGUCCUGGGGCGUAGACUGUGGGGUUGCUGGCCAAUAUGGGGUAUAUACAAAAGUGAUUAACUACAUUUCAUGGAUUGAAAACACCAUUUUGAAAAAUUCUUAAAUAGUCUACUUUCUUAUGUGCAGUAACUAACAAUAACAUUCUCCCUUUUGUUACAUUAAGGCAUUUAACAGAUCAGAUUGCAGUUUUGUAAUAUUUUUAAAGUUGAUUUAAUAGACUUCAUUUUGUCAAUUAGAACUUUCAGGUGUUGUAUCUGCCCAACUAACCUAAUCAGUUUUACACUCAAAUCUUAUUUUAAAGUUGCUUUCCAUACCUGUUGCUAGGUGGAAGGCUCAAAUGAUCAAGGGAAACUUUGGAGUUAGCAGCACCUUGUUUAGUUUAUUGACAUUAACUAAAAAAGCAAAUAUUACAGAAAACUGAAUCUUAGGUGUUAAAUACUUUCCAUCUGAAAGUUGUGUUAAAUUGAUUGUGUCCACUUAAUAUUGUGGAUCACAAUCCUUUUAAAAAACACGUAAUAAAACUAUAGUAUUACCAAUCUAAUUGAAGAACAUACUUGUUGAGACAGUGGGAAAGACAGUUUAGCACUUGUUAUAUUAGCACAGCCAUAAAUAAUUCCCCUCAAGUUAGAAUACAAAUGUCAAAAUCAAAAAUUUUACUAGUUCUUUGAGACGCUUGCUGCAUCUGAUGAAAUCCCAACAGCUUCAGCUGGACAGCUCUGCAAGACGAUGGCAAAGUAUGGACAGAAUGUUUCUGCUCUAUUCUUAAGAGCCAGUUUAGACAUUACUAAGAACAGAGUAAACACCCUUAAUCACAAUUGCAGGGCUAUUAUAAUAACCUGCCUCUACAAAAACAGACAGAGCAGAGAGAUAGUAUAACCAAGAUUCUGAAGGUGUUUUCACAUUUACAGUCAUUACUAAAAUAUAAUUAAGUCAUGUAGUGGUCCAGUCUCCAUAUUCACUCAUAUUUAAAGCAGUACUGCCCAGGAAACUGUCAACAUCCCAUCAGUUUUAGCAGUACAUUCCCACUAGUCAGAUUAAGAAAGAUUUAGCAGGUUACCCUAAAAAGUUUGCUCAGAAGCUGUUAUACUAAAAUGCAAUUUUAUUUUAUUUUUUUGCCUAAAUGAGCCUGAAGAAUAUAGCCUAAUUGUAUUAAAAACUGGUUGUUUCUACAAACAUCCUUUGUCUGUUUAAUCAUAUUGUAAUACAUACUUGAAAUGAAAAUUGUUAAAGAACAAGACAACGCUCGCAGGUGGUGACAAAUACCUUUUAUUAACUCACUUAAAACACUAGAAUAUAAAAAGCAUAUAGAGAAAAUGACCAAUAAAGUCUGAAAACUGCUAUAAAACUUUCAGGAAUUUCUUUGAGAGUCAGGGGAGACUAAAAUUCAUAGUAAAGAUUACCCACUGCUGCCAACCUGCUAAUACCUGAUCCUCAAUUUAAACAAGUUUAAACAAAUUAAAGCCAUGCUAAUGACAAACUUACCAUCAGGUUCCUUGCAGGGAUGCCACCGUUAAAGUCUUUGGAAGUUCCAGAAUACCAUUUUUAAGUGUUACUCAGCAGCAGUAGCUGGUAAUAGUGCAAGUGCUAAAAUGCAAAAUUCACAGAUGGUACAGAGUUUGGAAAUCUUAUCUGAUUUAGGUGCAGAAAAAUUAAGCAACUUUUUGCAAAGGGAUCUGAAUAGUGAAAAGAUUUGGAAUUACAAUUUAUUGCUGGAGAGAUCACAACCCCCUUUGUUUUUUUGUAAGUAUGUAGAUUGAGACUUAGUUGCCAGUUAUCCCCUUGGACUGGAGUUAAAGUAAUACCAAUGCAAAUAUCUAACAAAAAUUAGACAGUCUCCCCUUCAUGAUAAACCAUAUUGAGAUACAAAUAAAUAGGAUACAUCCUAAUUAAGAUCCAC